AUGAGCGGCUAUACUGUCGCAGCAGUUACACUCUCUGCCAUUGGUAUAAUGGCGAACGUACUUCUAAUCACAGGGCCGGCACAGACGUGGUGGCCGUCUGGUAUGAUUUUCUUUUUUAUCAUGUGUCUAGCAACCAUGGCUACUCUAGUAGCUGUGGGCAACAACUUUCUAUACAGAUACAUUAGUUUAUGCAGGGGCAACCUGUCAUAUAUUUAUUCGUCGAGAAAGCACUUAAUUGCUGGAGCUGCGAUCAAUCUGCUGCCUGUACUUAACUGGAUUGCAAUGAUAUAUUUUGCAGUGUGGCCCUCUGAUGAGUUUCAGAAAGUGGCUGAAAAAGUCUGGGACGAUGAUGUCGUGGUCGAUCAAAAGUUGUACAUUGGUAUAACAAGCUUUGACGGAAUCGCUCCAGAAAAACUGACCAUUGUUAUCGAGUCAUUUGUGAUGCUGCUAAUCAUAGGGCAAGUAAGCCCAUUCUGUGCAAUGCAAAUUCAUCGGUGCCUCAAGAGCAGUUCGAUGAGCAAACGAACAAAGGAAAUGUAUAAAAAAUUGCUCCUAUUGUUAUCGAUUCAGAUCACCUGCCCAACUAUCCUAAUGAAUGCGCCUCUGAGCAUUGCCUUCAUCCUCUUCUUUUCCGGGCUUGAAAGUCCGCUUUUCAUAAGCUAUUUUGUUGGAAUCGCUAUGGCUACUUAUCCGCUAGCUGGACCAGUUAUCACCAUAGUAUUUGUCAAGGAUUAUCGAGCGUUGUUGCUCGCUGCAUUGCGGCUUGGUAAAAUAUCGGAGACCCCCUGUGUGCCUACAACCAGAGUUGUUAAGACAACGUCCACAACGAAGUAA